AUGGUUCUGGCGUCCUUAGCCCUUUGUUUGUCUCUCCUCACCACUCUGGUUUGGGGGAUCUUCAUCUGCCACCGGGACCCCCCCAUAGUGAAAGCUAACAACCACGGUCUCAGUUACACCCUUCUCACCGCCCUCCUGCUCUGCUUCCUGUCCUCCUUGACCUUCGUCAGCCACGUUGGCCCGGCCACCUGCCUCCUGCGACAGAUGGCCUUCAGAGUCGCCUUCUCCGUGGCCAUUUUGGAUGUUUUGUCCAAGACGGUCACCGUGGUCUUGGCCUUCAGGGCCACCGGGCCGGGGAGCAGGGGGAGGACAUGGCUGGGUCCCAGGGUGCCUCGCGCCAUCAUCGGCGUCUGCUUCCUGGUCCAAGUGGGCAUCUGCAUGGUCUGGCUGGGGACCUCCCCACCGUUCCCCAAUGCGGAUGUGGCAUCUGAGGCCGGGGUCAUCGUCGUCCAGUUCAAUGAGGGCUCCACCAUCGCCUUCUACUACAUCCUGGGCUACAAGGGGCUUCUGGCCCUGGUCAGCUUCACGGUGGCCUUCCUGGCCCGGAACCUGCCGGACAGCUUCAACGAGGCCAAGUUCAUCACGUUCAGCAUGCUGGUGUUCUGCAGCAUCUGGGUCACCUUCCUGCCCACCUACCUAAGCACCAGGGGCAAGGCCAUGGUGGCCUUGGAGGUCUUCUCCAUCCUGGCCUCCGGCCCCGGGCUCCUCGGUUGCCUCUUCGGGCCCAAGCACAGUAUAUUGCCCUUGAGAGAGUUGCACUAUGAAAAGCAUAUUUGGGGCUGGAAGAGGCCAGGCGCACACAUUCAGACAGUUUUCUGUAGCCUCCAGAGUAUGGAGGCCGAGGAUACCCUCUCCCACAGGUGGAGAGGAAAAGGCCGAUCCCUUCAGGUGUACCUUGGGUCUCCAGGAGAGCCCUAG